UUAGUCAUUAAUUCUAAGUUUUUCUAGGCUUUUAUUUUGAAUAUUUUCACCGGAAGAUUCUGGUCCCCAAAGCAAAUAGAGGCACACGCAUGCGCACUCCCGUACUCCACAUUAAACAACCCUAGGUAGGCAUCUUGCGUUGAUUCUGCAAAUAUCAUCGACUGUUUCACGCUCCAAAAGGUAAUUGAUCAGCACCAUGGCGUCCAGUGGAUAUCUGCAGGCAGCGGUGCUCCUUCUGGCGGUGCAGCUCAUCUGUCUCGGUGCAGCUGAUGCGGAUCAUGAGACUGGGACUGUCAUCCCUGCUGAAAGUCGCCCAUGUGUGGACUGUCAUGCAUUUGAGUUUAUGCAGAGGGCCCUGCAAGAUCUAAAGAAGACUGCGUUCAACCUCGACGCCAGGACAGAGACGCUGGUGCUGCGGGCGGAGAGGAGGGCUCUGUGUGACUGCAUGCCCGUCAACUCUCUGCGCUGAAGACCCCCCUCCCCUCCACACACUGACACCCACCCUGUUCUAAACCUCUAAACUCAUGUACAGCGACCUUCAUGUUAACUUAUUCACGCAAUAGGCACUUUAUUUUCCUUUUCUCUCAUGUUGUUGUUUUGCCUUAUUGGGGACGACUUUUAUACCACUGAGGUUUUACAUUGUGAAACACGCCUGUGAAUUUAGUUUGUCUUCAUCGUCACGGGAUCUAGGUCAGUUUCUCAUCUAUGAAGCAUAAACUAUCUUUUGUACUUUUUAGUAUUUGACUGUAUAAUGUAGAUACAGUAGAAUGCAUCGAUAAACUUAACUCGUUGAAUGUGUUGUUUGAGAUUUCAUGUUUACAACGAUUAUACACAUCAAACUGUAGCAUCACGUGGAAUUUAUUUAUUAACGGCUCAAAAUACUUAAAUAAAACAUAAAAAAAUCAAUAAUUAUGAAUCGGUAACAUUUUAAUUAUUUGCUGCCUUUUGCAAGUUGGGUAACUAAAAGAAAGUAAUAUAUCUUUUGGAACAAACAAUGAAGAUUUAUUUGUAACGACAUCAGAACAAAUAAUUUUUUAUCAGAAGUUCGAACUAAUCUUUUUGAAUUUUUCUUUAGGUGGAGAAAGCGUAUUUGUAAGUCUUGAUUUAGCACAGCACUGUAGCAUGAAUUUACAGCACUUUUUGUUAAACUGCUGUUAUUGUAGAUUAUAUGUAUAGAUUCUGUAUAUGUACACGGGUUUUCUCUGCCUGACAGAGGUGUAUGCAAGAAAUAGUGACGAACGAUAUAGUAUCAUAAAAUGCAAUAUCGUCGGGGGAAGGGAGGACGGAUAGAGAUAGAAAUAAUAUUUGUCUUAUGGUUGCUUGUUCAUGAACAGUGUACUUUGUUAACAUUGUGUCACAAGAGUAAGACGCCACAUUUAUUGUCUUAAUGUUGUACCUAUCAAUAAAAAACAAUGAAUGACCUUUA